AUGAAGCCGAAUUCCUGGUCCAAGAAGCUGUCGUGGCUGGGGUACGUCGCGGGCACCCUGGCGAGAAAUGUGCCACACGAGCCAUCGGGAAAACUUCCCACUCUUGGGUGGAACUCUUGGAACGCGUACCGUUGCGAUAUCAAUGAGCAGCAUUUCCUUGAUGCUGCCCAGGCACUGGUCGACACUGGCUUGCGCGAUGCCGGUUACAACUAUGUAAACAUUGAUGACUGCUGGUCUGAACGGACUGGCCGUGUGAAUGGCCAUAUUGCGGUCAACAAGACCCGUUUCCCAGAUGGCAUCGACGGGCUUGCCAACAAGAUUCACGAUAUGAAGCUCAAGCUUGGAAUUUACAGCACGGCUGGCACCCUGACGUGUGCCGGCUACCCGGCCAGCUUGGGAUACGAAGAUGUCGAUGCCGCCGACUUUGCCAAAUGGGGAGUUGAUUCACGCACUGCCGUACGCCAUGGACUAAACCGCAACUCACACAGCGACAACUGCUACAUCCCCAAGCAAUGGCAAGACGAGUACAUCUACUGCGAGGAAGACGGGGCCCAGAUCGGCCCAAACGGCACCUGCAGCCGCAGCCAGAACCCCAGGCUCGCGCCGGACGGCUACGACUGGAGCAAGUCCAAGUCGGCGCAGCGCUUCAACCGCAUGCGCGACGCGCUCGCCAGGCAGGACCGCGAGAUCCUCUACAACCUCUGCAUCUGGGGCACCGCCGACGUCACCUCCUGGGGCCGCGGCACGGCGACGAGCUGGCGCAUGAGCGGCGACAUCAGCCCCCGCUGGCGCUCCGUCACGCACAUCCUCAACAUGAACUCGUUCAAGAUGGGCGCCGUCGGCUUCCACGCCCACAACGACGCCGACAUGCUCGAGGUGGGCAACGGGGACCUGUCGCCCGCCGAGACGCGCUCGCACUUUGCCCUCUGGGCGGCCAUGAAGUCGCCGCUGCUGAUCGGGACGGACCUGCGCCGCCUGAGCCGCCGCAACCUCGACCUGCUCGCGAACAGGCGCCUGCUGGCGUUUCACCAGGACGCCGGGCACGGCGGGCCGGCGGCGCCGUAUAAGUGGGGGGUUAAUCCCGACUGGACGUACAACAGCACCCAUCCGGCUGAGUAUUGGGCCGGGCCGUCGACGGGGGGACACCUGGUGCUGAUGCUGAACACGCUUGGGGUCACGGUGCGGAAGACGGCGGCGUGGGGGGAGAUUCCGGGUUUGGGUGGUGGCAGGUAUCGCGUGACGGAGGUGUGGUCUGGCGAGGACUUGGGCUGUUUGGACGAGUAUGCGGUUGAUGUGGCUUCUCAUGACACGGCGGCUGUUUUGGUCGGUUCGAGGUGCUGA